UUUAGUAACUUUUAGCAUUUCUGACAGCACAUCGGCGAUAAAGAGUUGUUGUCAGACCUGGUGAAAAGAUCGAGCGUAGAAAUAAUAACACGCGUGUGUUAAUGAGGGAUAUUUCUAACUAAAUCUCUAUGUGAAUCGUGUUUAAAAAUCCAAUCGUUUUAAAAAGAGAAGGUUUGGAACAGGAAAUGGGGCACAAUUUACAUGUGUAGUAUAGAUUGAGGGAAAGUCGCUACCGGAACUCUUUGGAUUCCCAUGAUGCAGCGCGUAGGCACGGACGGAAGUUCCAAUGUUAAACCGGCGGAGUUGUGUGUGUUUGUAGAAGGUUGUUGGUAACAGCAUUCAGCUUGAAGUGUGCAUUAUUGUUUAAAAUAACAUGUUGCAGUUUUUGGUGGGGUUUACUUUGGGAAAUGUAGUUGGGAUGUUCCUGGCACAGAACUAUGAGGUGCCAAACAUUUCUAAGAAGAUUGAAGAGUUCAAGAGAGAUGUGGAGGCUAAGAAGAAGCCCCCAGGUUCCUGAAAUGGAGAGGAUACUUUUCAAGAUCCGAGAGCAUCAAUUCAGUAUCAAAAUAUUGUUUAGAGCGACAUUUUGAAUUAAGUAGACCUGUUAAACAAAUUGAGCCUUUUUUUUUUUUUUUUUUUUGUAAAAAAUUCCUGUAUCAAUCAGCGUAGAAUAGAAUGUGGAGACGAUGGCACAAACCUUUGGAAAUUAUUACCACAGAAAACUGCAAGCCUAUAAACUAUUUAUCAUCAUCUGAUGGGGGUGUGGCUUUUAUUAUAUACGUUUUGCUUAUUGCUGAAGACCCAGAAACCAGGAUUCCACCUGGAUUGCAUGAAGCCCUGAUUUUUACAUUUAAUCCCAGGAUAACCAUGGAUGGGUGGUUGAUGCAUUUCUGCAGUGCUGUAUUAAUCCAGUUUAUCCCACCGAGGCAUACAGUAGGGUUGAUUAUUGUAAAUCAAGUUCAUGUAACUGAUUUCACAGACGUAUGUAUAACGUCCAAACUGCUGUUAACAACAGCAGGGCAUGUAGUUGCACUUUAGAAAGUGGGGUAGCACCCUGUGUGGGAGAAAUGCUGAAACUGUUACUGUGAGAAAGCACAAACAGUGUUGAUCAUCAGUUAUCAAAAAACUUUCAAACAGCUAUUUAUAAGAAGAUGUUUUAAUGAAUAAACAUUUAUUUUACUG